AUGGCCCCCAAAGACGGAAAUGAAUCGGACAAUGAUGAGGAGAUCCAAAACCAGAUGACUUUACAAGAAACAGGGACAACAGAAGAGAUAAGGGUGUUAAGACAACAAAUGGAAAAGAUGUACGAGGCUUGGAUGAAUGGACAACCUCCACCGUCUUCAAUCCGAGACUAUUUUAAUACAAAUAUGUCUCACCCUAUCCAGGUGUCGACAAGCAAUCCGAUAUAUCCCCCUGGAUUCGGCCCCUAUGCUAACACAUCCAAUGUCGCUGGAACUUCUAUGGUGCGCCCUUCGAAUGCGCCUGUGAUAAGUAAUCCACUCUUUGUGUCAACUGCCCCGGCAAACAGCAUCCUGCAGCCAACGAUGGUGCCCAAAUCAAACAGCGAUCCUCCGCCCAAAGUUCGGCGUGAUCUGAGUUACACUCUUGAAGAGGCCAUUAAAAUUCGAGGCUCUCAUCACCACAUUCAUCAAUAUAGUUCCCCUGUCGAAAUUGAGAAGAUGGUCAAGAAUGAGGAACAUGAAGAAAUGACUAAGAAAAUGAAGAAUUUGGAACAGAGUAUAAGAGAUAUGCAAGGACUAGGAGGCCACAAAGGCAUCUCGUUCAGUGACUUGUGUAUGUUUCCUCACGUCCAUUUCCCUGCUGGUUUUAAAACUCCAAAGUUUGAAAAAUACGAUGGUCACGGAGACCCCAUAGCUCAUCUAAAGAGAUAUUGCAGCCAAUUGAGGGGUGCAGAGGGCAAAGAAGAGUUACUUAUGGCCUAUUUUGGGGAAAGCUUAGUAGGGAUUGCAUCUGAAUACUUCAUAGAUCAGGAUAUCACCAACUGGCACACAUGGGAUGAUUUGGCUCGAUGUUUUGUACAGCAAUUCCAAUAUAAUAUUGACAUUGUUCCAGAUCGCUCCUCGUUAGCCAACAUGAGGAAAAAGACCACAGAAAAAUUUCAUGAAUAUGCUAUCAGAUGGAGGGAACAAGCUGCUAGGGUUAAACCACCGAUGAAAGAGUCAGAGAUGAUUGACGUUUUUCUCCAGGCGAAAGAACCUGAUUACUUUCGCUAUCUGCUUUCUGCCGUUGGGAAGACAUUCGCUGAAGUUAUUAAGGUAGGGGAAAUGGUGGAAAAUGGCAUCAAGUCUGGAAAGAUUGUAAGUCAAGCUGCCUUAAAAGCCACAACACAAGUUCUUCAAAAUGGUUCUGGAAAUAUUGGAGGGAAGAAGAGAAGGGAGGAUGUGGCCGCUAUUGUAUCAGCGCCUAGGACUCAUGUCCGAGGUAAUUCCGCACAACAAUAUUUUCCUUCCCAAGCUCCACAAUAUUCUGUCCCAUACCCUCCAUAUCAUGUUUUUAAUGCACAACCUAUUGCACCCCCUUCUUAUCCACAAUGGCUUGCACCAACUCCACAAAAUCAUCCACCACCCCCACAAGUUCAUCAAAAUACUGCUAGAAUUCCUUUCCGUCCUGGACUACAAUACAAAAAGGGAAAUGGCGUUAAAGAUGAGUUCACUCCUAUUGGGGAGUCAUAUGCUAGCUUGUUCCAAAAAUUAAGGACGUUGAAUGUUUUGAGUCCUAUUGAGAGAAAGAUGUCGAAUUAUCCCCCGAGAAAUUUGCAUUUUUCUCAACAUUGCGCAUAUUGUUCUAAUGCCCAGGGCACAACGUAG